CAUUUCACAAUUGAUCGUUUUGAUUAUUUCUUGCCAUGACAGACAGCUGCAUUUUAAUGGCAUAAUAAUUCACAUUGAAUUUCUACAAAGAAGAUAUUAAUUCGGCACGUAAUCACGUUAUAAAGAAUAAUUUGGAAAGUUAAUUAAUAAAUCGGGGAAAUAUUAAAAGAAAGAAGUUAACGGAAAGAGAAAGUAUCAAAGUUGUAGUUGAAAUUGAUUAUCAAUCCCGCCGCGAGCUCGAUAAAUCGUCGUCAGCGCGUCAAGCGAAAAAUGGCCGCGAACGUGAGAACAGAGAUGCGGAUUCCUACGCGUACGGCUCCUCGUCCACCAGUCAAUUCUCUUCCACAAAGAAGCAGCAACAAUGUCUGGGGUAGCACGAAUGAUAUUUUUGGUAGCAAUUUGAUAAGCCAACCGAUUCAGAAGAAGAAGCCACCACCGCGUCCACCUCCGCCUAAAUUCAAUCAGUAUCAAAAUCAUACGCAAACUCAGAGGGAUCAGAAAUUAAAAAAACCUACUCGACCCACGGAACUUUUGUCCAAUUUCUUUGCGUGGAAAGCAGCCAAGCAAGAACACUCCAAUACGUCUCGUUCUACUUUGAAUUUGUCCCAGGUCUCGUGCCAGUCUUCUAAUACCAAUGGAGCACUAUCUUUGAUAGAUCUUAGUCCACCUGGCUCUCCUACGUUUACCACGCGUUCUAGCAGCGAUGGUGUUAGCAUUGAUAGUUUUGGUAGCGAUGGUAAUUCCAAUCCUUCUGCGUUUACCAGCAGCGGUAAUACCUCUCAGACGGAAAGUGCCUUUGAAGAUGAUUUUGACUUUUUUGGCAUGUCUAAUAAAAAGUUUCCGAGUAACGAUCCAUGGCAAAUGAAACAACCAAUGUCGGAUCCAUUUGGACCGAUAGAGGACAAAAAUACUGGUGGAAGGUUUGAAGAUGUCAGGCAAAUUGGAGAUACCUCUUUUUUUGCUUUCAAUGAUAAUUAUACAGAUAAACAAGUGCCUUUUGGACAAACUAGUUCUAAAGUGAUUCACUCUGUGCCAACGAUAAUACGUCCAAAGCCACCUAAACCACCAGCACCAAAGAUAUUAAAACAAAAGUUGGAAGAAAAUAUCAAUCAAAUUCAAAGUUCAUCUACUUUGAACUUACAAAGAACGAUGAGACCUCUUAGCGAGCCAAUAUCCCUGGACUUGUCGUAUUCGGUGAAUGACGCGUGGGGCGAUGAUUUAAAAGAGGAGCCUUCUCCUCCGAUGCCAACGAUACCACCACCAGCACCACCUUUGGAAUACUUAACUCAAUCUGAAAAUGAAUUUCAGGAAAAUUCUAAAACACCCUAUGGUAUCGCGCUUUAUGAUUUUCCUGUCACACAUUCAGAUGAUUUACCUUUAAAGGAAGGGGAUGUUGUUACCUUGAUAAGAGUUGUCAACGACGAUUGGAUGGAAGGAAGGGUGGGAAAUCGACAAGGAAUAUUUCCAAUCAACUUUCUUGAUAUAAAAGUUCCAUUACCUGGAUUACAAGAUGACAUUGUUGUUGCCCUAUAUUCUUUUAAGGGAGAGACCUCCGAAGAUUUGCCGUUUGAGGAAGGAGCCAAAAUUAAAGUUUUGUCAAGACUAUCGGACGACUGGCUAUAUGGCGAAUGCAAAGGUAAAAAGGGUCAAUUUCCAACUAAUUAUGUUAACAGAAUUCCAUACAGUAUUUCUCAUUCAACAUAAUCAUCGUUUUACAAUUUUCGGCCUUAGAAUAUAAUAAUUGCUUUGAUAUUGCAAACAUUUUCUAUUAUUCCUUUGAUAUUCGUCUUUUAAAUAAAUAUAUCCAUUAUUUUUUUUAAUAGAAAAUUUCGAAAAAAUUUAUACUACAAAGUAGUAUAAGUUUUUAUAAAAUUUUACUCGUAUAAGGGAAGACUGAAUUAUACAAGCAUAUAGAAAGAAAACAAAAAAAAAAAAAACAAUGAGAAACAAAUAACUGUUCAAAUAACUGUUGCCUUAAAAA